AUGGUUCCACCACCCUUUCCACCACAAAGAGCAAGAAAACGAGGUGCCAGAAUCAGACCUGGUGAGGAAAUUCUCUAUAUAGAUCCAGUAUCGGCGGAAAAUACAGUGGAAAGAUUAACAGAAGGAAAAAAAAAAGUUGUUCAUAAAAAACCACCACCAAGAAAAGCAAAUAAAAGAAAUUAA